CAUCUACAUUCACUACAAUCUUCAACUUCCUAUAGCAACUGCGUUUUCAAUAAGUAAUUUCUUGGUCUACUCAUUAUGUCGUUAGUUUAUAGCCUUGUGCCUUAUGUUCGUCCUAGUGCAAUUGUUCUAGGCGUUGCCUUUGACCAUGCUGCCUCUUUCUUGGUAUAUGGGCCCUUGAUGGGUGAUCUUUGGAAGAAAGCAAUGUCUCCUGCCCCAUUGCAUACGCAAACUUCUACCUCUAGUCCUGCUAAAAAGGCAGUGACGACUUAUACGAGUAAUAUCUUAAGCACCUGUAUUCAAACUUACUCCAUUGCUGCGCUCUUGCAGUUAACUGGAACAAUAAGUAUGAAGGGUGCCUUUUAUGUAGGCCUUUAUGUGUUUGGAGCAUCAGGAUUACCUGAUGUUGUCGACUACAUAUUCACAGAGAAGCGAGGUUGCUCUUACACAUUAGUAAAAACAGUUUCUUCGUUUGUGAAAAGUGUAGGCAUGAGUAUGGUCUUGUUGGGCUACGGAAUCCGCCAAAAUGAGGUUUAAUCUAAUUCUUUUACUGUGCUUUCCGCCUUUCUACUUAGAAACAGCGAAUCACUUAGUUAUGAAUAAUUAAAUAUAUGAAUUUCAUCGUUUAUUUCAACUCAUAUAUUAUAUACACCAA